AUGGCCAUGUCCACCAUGUCCGUCUGCUCUGACGCUUGCACUGAUGCCUCCUGGCAGGUGGACGACUGUCCAGAGAGCUGCUGCGAGCCCUGCUGUGUCCCCAGCUGCUGCCAGCCCAGCUGCUGUGCCCCUGGCUGCUGUGUCCCAGCCUCCUGCCUGACUUUUGUCCCAGUAAGCUGUGUGUCCAGCCCCUGCAGUCAGUCAGUCUGCACCAGCUUCUGCACGCCCUCGUGCUGCCAGCAGUCUAGCUGUGUACCCGUGUGCUGCAAGCCUGUGUGCUGUGUGCCCAUGUGCUGCAAGCCCGUGUGCUGUGUGCCCGUCUGCUCUGGAGAUUCCUCCUCAUCCUGCCAGCAGUCUAGCUGUGAGCCCUCUUGCUGCUCCUCCUCCCCCUGCCGGCAGUCCUGCUGUGUGCCCGUCUGCUGCAAGCCCUCCUCCAGCGUGUCCCUGCUCUGCCGCCCCGUGUGCAAGCCCGCCUGCUGUGUGCCUGAUUCCUCCUGCUGUGCCUCCUCCUGCCAGCCCAGCUGCUGUGGCCCAGCAGCCUCCAGUUCCAGCUGCUGUGGCCCAGCAGCCUCCAGUGUGUCCCUGCUCUGCCGCCCUGUGUGCAAGCCCGCCUGCUGUGUGCCUGAUUCCUCCUGCUGUGCCUCCUCCUGCCAGCCCAGCUGCUGUGGCCCAGCAGCCUCCAGUGUGUCCCUGCUCUGCCGCCCUGCCUGCUCCCGCCCAGCCUGCUCUCUCCCGGCCCGUGUCCACAGCAGAACCCACAAACAGAGCCCCUGCUGUCCCAAGAAGGCCUCAGCCCCUGUCACUCCUGUUCUCCAACCUGACACCCAGGACCUGGGCUGUGACUUCCAAACCCUUGGCCUCCGUACACCACGAGCCCUGGAUGCCCAGGGCGCCACCUUGCUACCAAGAACACAGACAUCUGUUCCUGGCUGUACAUUGAUAGUUGAUUCCAUUCCGUUGUUGAACGGGCACAGCACUGAGUCUGUGCACCUGCACAGCACACCUGGUUGUCUCCAGGUCUCGAUUGACGGACGAAGCCUCCAGGAACAGAGGCUCUCAGAAUGUGCGAGCAAAUGUUCCCAUGUCCCCUGGUUGGAUCCUAAGGAGUAG